AAUUCAGAACGCAACUGGAUAUUGAACAAUCUGCAUUGAGUUUCACAAGUUCUUCAAAUUGAAUCGCAUUUAUCGCUUGAAUUUCAUACUCUACUAUUGCUUCGUGAUACGGAAUGGAUAUUUCUAAUGUAUCCGAGAAUGGAGUUGAGUGUGAAUCGGUCGGGCGGGAAGAUUGCAAAACAAAAUGUCAAAAUACUGUGAGCAGCUGUUUGUGCAGAAAAUACGCCUUCUGAGAAAAAAGGCAAUUGCGUGAGAAAACUCAGUGGAAAAGGAGCUGCAGCUUGUGAAAUCUCUCUAAAAUGACGUGGUGCACAGUGUCCGUGUACAAGUGGGUGUAUUCGGCGGUGCUGUUGGGGGAUUUUGCGAAGGUCUGCUUGGGGGAGGCCACAGACAUUGCCCUGGAUGCCAAAGCUACUCUAACUCACAGGAUAGAUAGUCUCAACCUCCUCCUGUACACCUUCCUCCUCACCUUAACAGUAUUAACCAUAUGGCUAUUUAAACAUCGCCGCGUCAGCUGGCUCCACGAGACGGGACUCGCUGUGAUCUACGGGUUAAUUGUUGGCGCCAUAAUUAGAUAUGCAAGUACCACGACUUCUUUGGUCCACCUGAAUGUGGAACCGGAUGUGCACGCCACGUACAAUGAGAGUCUGCCCCCGGACACAUUGUGGCUAAAAUUUCCGGGAAAGCUCAAUCACACGAAUCCAGAUGGAAAGAGUCUGCCUAACAAGACGUAUGCGUACACCUUCAGAGGAGCUGUGCAGGCCGAGGAGAACGAAAUUGACCUCAAGGCCACUUUUGAUCCGGAGAUAUUCUUCAAUAUUAUCCUCCCACCGAUCAUUUUCCACGCUGGAUACAGUCUCAAAAGAAAAUACUUCUUUCGGAACUUGGGAGCCAUUCUCACGUUUGCCAUCAUCGGAACAACUCUGUCAGCCUUCCUGAUAGGUGCUCUCAUGUACGGCUGCGUUCAGCUCAUGCCCGAGAAGUUGCGAAUGAGCUUUGGAUUCCUGGACACGCUCUACUUCGGCGCUCUCAUCUCACCCACAGAUCCUUUGACUAUCCUGGCUAUUUUCCACGACAUGCACGUCGACGUGAAUCUCUAUGCGCUGGUGUUUGGCGAGAGUGUUCUCAACGAUGCUGUGGCAAUUGUCUUGAGCGGGGCAAUCCAGAAUUAUGGGGAACACUACUCCAGCACAGGUGGCUUCGAAACUGAUGCCUUCUUCAGAUCUCUGGGAGACUUCUUCAGCAUCUUUAUGCUCUCUCUGCUCAUUGGAGCUUCGAUGGGCUGCUUUACGGCAUUGUUGACGAAAUUUACUCGUGUCCGGGACUUUCCGCUUCUGGAGUCCGCUCUCUUUGUUCUGAUGUCUUACAGUACUUUUCUGAUAGCCGAAGCAACGGAGUUGACGGGUGUUGUUGCGGUGCUUUUCUGUGGAAUUUGUCAAGCUCACUACACCUACAACAAUCUCUCGGAAGACUCGAGAACGAGGACGAAGCAGAUUUUCGAGCUCCUCAAUUUCCUAGCAGAGAACUUCAUUUUUUCCUAUAUUGGCGUGUCGAUGUUCACCUUCCCUAAGCACCACUUUGAUCCUUGGUUCAUCAUGAGUGGAUUUAUUUGCGCAGCGAUCGGUAGAGCUGUGAACAUCUAUCCACUGUCCUUCCUGCUGAAUUUGGGCAGGAAGCCUAAAAUUGCCAUGAAUUUCCAGCACAUGCUCUUUUUUGCUGGCCUUCGUGGUGCGAUGUCUUUCGCGCUGGCCAUUAGAAAUACCGUGUCCGAUGCCAGACAAGCAAUGUUAACCACAACAUCGCUUAUUGUUAUAGCCACGGUGAUUAUUCAAGGUGGUGCUUCGAAUUUCCUCCUCACGUGGCUCAAAAUCCCAUUCGGUGUGGAUGACGAGACAGAAGCUCUGAACUAUCAAGGAGUCAGAAGUGUCUAUAAUUCAAUGGAAAACACGACUGGGUCUAUCGACACAGGAUUAAAUUUGAGUCAGCUUCAAGUGUCGGGUAGAAGACGAAGCUCAUUGGAGACAGAGAGUGCUGAGAAUGAGAGUGGCGGAAAUGCUGGUCAAAGUUCUGCGGAUCACGGAAAGAAGAGUCAUGACAAGGCAUUUUUGGCGCGCAUUUGGGGCAAUUUUGAUACAAGGUACAUGAAGCCACUGCUAACGCAUUCGAGACCAACUCUGCUUGAGACACUGCCUGUUUGCUGUGGACCUCUGGCGAGACUUCUUACCACCACUGAACAAUUGACUCAGAAUGGUGUGACAAGACGCACAGACUCAGAUUCUGAUCUCUGCAUUGAGGAGGACUCGAACUAUCGUGGUCCGGGCGGAAGUGAGCCGCAGGCGAGAAGAAAUUCAAUAAGUCGUGUAAGUAUUCGGCUGGUAUCUGAUGAGAGAAACACCUUUCUUGCCAGUUACAAGACAAGAGAUUGAGACAGAGUGGUGGAAUUGCAAUUGCUGGAGGCUAAUCCGAUGCAUCCCAUUAAUCAUCUACACCUGUAGAAUAUUAUGUGAACUCAACAUAUGGAGGAUGUUAACUGCAAAUUAAUCCAUAAUAAUUUAUUCUGUUCUUUUUCUCUUCUUACUAUUUUGCAUGCCUGCAACUCUUUCCACC